UACAAUAGCUGACAGCGGCGAAGUUCAAAAGCUUCUCUAAAGAGCUUUUCGUUCUGUAAACUCUUGAUUGUAGAUUAAAAUUAUACUAGAGUCAUACUAGACACAAUUUCAUAACAUAAAAUCGCAUGAAAUUAGACAACAACGUCAAAACAUUCAUCCAGGCAUAAUUUAAGCCACCUAUACCGGCUGACAGGGGUCUUGCCUCCUCAACAGUUAUGGCUGCCUUCAGUAGAGGCAGACACAGGAUCAAAGCUUUCAGGACAUUAAUAUUUACAAGACCCUUUACAGCCAGGAAAUUUGAUUAUGAUCUGGUGGUUAUUGGUGGAGGCUCUGGAGGGUUGGCAUGUUCAAAAGAAGCUGCCCAAUUAGGACACAGAGUUGCUGUUUUGGACUAUGUUGAACCUUCACUCAAAGGCACAAAGUGGGGUCUUGGUGGGACGUGUGUGAAUGUCGGCUGUAUACCAAAGAAGCUUAUGCACCAGGCGGCACUGCUUGGCACUGCUGUCAAAGAUGCGAGGAAGUAUGGCUGGCAAAUCCCAGAAUCCCUGUCACAUGACUGGCCAACAAUGGCUGAGGCAGUCCAGAACCAUGUGAGGUCUAUAAACUGGGGCCACAGAGUGCAACUACAAGACAAGAAGGUGAAAUAUUUGAAUAUGAAUGGCAGUCUGGUGGAUAAACACACUAUCAGAGCUGUAAAUGCCAAAGGGAAAGAGAUUACAUUGACCACCAAAAACAUUGUGAUAGCUACUGGUGGACGGCCGAAGUACCCUACACAUGUUCCCGGUGCAAUGGAGUUCGGGAUCACAAGCGAUGAUGUCUUCUGGCUCAGAGAGUCACCUAAAAAAACGUUGGUUGUUGGUGCCAGUUAUGUAGCACUGGAAUGUGCUGGCUUCCUUACAGGCAUUGGGCUGGACACCACUGUGAUGGUGCGUAGUAUCGCCCUCCGGGGGUUUGACCAGCAAAUGUCUGGUUUAGUCACAGACUACAUGGAGGCAUAUGGGACCAAGUUUUCCUGGAGGUGUUCUCCAAAAAGUGUGGAAAAGCUCCCGUCUGGCCUUCUCCAGGUCACAUGGAUGGAUCUAAAAACCAAAGAGGAACAUAAAGACACCUUCAACUCGGUACUUUGGGCUGUAGGCAGAGCCCCUGAAACCAAGACCCUCAAUUUGGAGCAGGUUGGCGUGGAGAUCAACAAAGAAACUGGGAAGAUAAUUGUGGCCGCUGAUGAAGCCACAUCUGUGCCAAAUAUUUUUGCUAUCGGAGACAUCGGUGAGGGUCGUCCCGAGUUGACCCCAACAGCCAUUAAGGCCGGAAAGCUCCUGGCCCGUAGACUGGUGGGCCAUUCCGAUGAGGUCAUGAAUUAUGAGAAUGUGGCCACUACAGUGUUCACUCCACUAGAGUACGGCUGUGUAGGUCUGUCUGAAGAAGAGGCUGAAAAGAGACACGGCAAAGACCAGAUUGAGGUGUACCAUGCCUUCUACAAACCGCUCGAGUUCACUGUGGCUGAGAGAGAUGCCACUCAAUGCUAUAUAAAGGUGAUUUGUCUACGGGAGGGUGAGCAGCGUGUGCUGGGUCUGCAUUUUACUGGGCCGAACGCUGGUGAAGUCACACAGGGCUUUUCUUUGGGCUUCCAGUGUGGGCUUACCUAUGGACACCUCAGGAACACGGUCGGGAUACACCCCACCUGCGCCGAGGAGUUCACCAAACUCAACAUCACUAAACGCUCCGGUCUUGACGCCACGGUAACGGGCUGCUGAGGUUAAGCGUCCCUUCCCUGAUCACUCGAGCACACGGGAACCAGUAAACAGGGUUAUGAUCAUGUGAGUUAUGGAGUUACAGGAAGCAUCUCAUGAAAAUUCAGGGCUUUCAGUCUUCGCUCUUCCGUUUUUAUCUCGUCUCUGUGCACAUCAGGGCCUUAUCGAAUGACCACAGAAUGCAAAUGUAUUUCAGUUUAAUAUAUGAUAGUACGUGCUCUAUGAGUCCAAAUCCAGGAGAGUUCGGCCAGCUUUUUACCACAGGUCAAGAUAAUCCAAUAAGGUCCUCACGUUUGCUCUACAGAAUACGAACGCGGAUCCAGGUUAGAGCAACACGGACCGCAAGCGACGUUGCGAACAGAUAAACACGGCCAUAAAUCAGGAUUAAACCCCCAUUACAGUUUGCUGAAAUGAGAACCGUUGGAGAAAGUGGCCUAAUGUUUCUGAAAUAUAUUCUCCAAAUAUUGUUGUUUCUCUGGUUGUACUUCCUGUCCAUUAGUCAUGCGCCACUCCUGACACUGAUGGAUGGGAUAGGCCCGUCGCUGCGCUGACACCACCCCUUUUCCCAGGGACGUAGACAAACACUCGGUGAGCGGCGUGUCACUCAAACGCAGAACCCGGUCGUGGACAGAGUGAGCGCUUGUUUAGUCCUGGACUUCAGGAGUUUCCCCAGUGCACAGCGGGAGCAGAGAGUACGUGUUACAAUAACAUACUCUCCUGCCCCUGAUGUCUCUGCUCAAAGCCUAAAAGAAGUCAGUACCACCGGCUACCGAAAGGUGGCAGUGUUUGCUUCCUUUUCCCCCUGUUCUUCACUCACACAAAUCUCAGAGCUGAGUAGUCAUUAUGAAUCAAGUCACAGUUAAUCACAGGCAGAAUGUUAAGAUUAAUUGAACACUUGCCGGGCAGUUAUCGCUCCAUAGGUUUAGCUUAUCUGUUGUUUGUGUACUUGGCUAAUAGCUUUGGCUCAUGGUGCUGCCGCCCGCUCUGAGGGAAGUUAAACUGCAACUAUUCCCUGAAGUUCAAUUCAUUUUGUGACUGGAAAUCU